GGUGCUAGGCCUUUUUUUUCCUCCUGCAGGGAGCUUCUUGUUUUGUUUUGUUUUGUCUUUUGUUUUGCUAACUUCGCUCAUCCGAAACCCGUCCGAAGCGUCGGCGGUUAUCUCGGCCCGAUGCGGGGAGAAGAGUCGUCCGAUUCGGAGUCAGGCCGGAUGGAGGAGAGCGUCGUCCGGAGGAGUUUGGAGACAUUAUGUCAGGAGCUCAACAUGGACGAACACACGGCCACCGAGGCCCUCGAAAACUUCACGGCCAUAUGGAACACAUACACGCUGGAGGGUGAUGUGGUCCACUGGCUGGCGUGUUCGCUUUAUGCGGCUUGCAGGAAAGGAUCCACGCCAACUGUGGGCAAAGGCCUAAUGGAGGGGAACUGCGUGUCACUCACCCGAAUUCUUCGCACCUCCAAACUUAGUUUGAUUCAGUUCUUCUCCAAGAUGAGGAAGUGGGCUGACAUGUCCAGCCUCCCGCAGGACUUCCGCCUGCGCAUGGAGCAGCUGGAACGCAACUUUGAGGUCUCCACGGUGAUAUUCCGCAAGUUCGAGCCCAUUUUCAUGGCCAUGUUCCAAAACCCGCUGGGAGGGGAUCCGCCGCCUCGCCAGUCCCGCGGCAGGAAACACAGGCGGUUGCCGUGUCACAUCAGCGAUGUCUUCAAGUUUUGCUGGACCCUCUUUGUCCACACCAAAGGUAACUUCCAUAUGAUCGGUGAUGACCUGGUGAACUCAUACCACCUGCUGCUCUGCUGUCUGGACCUGGUCUUUGGAAAUGCUCUGAUGUGCGCAAACAGGAAGGAGCUCAUCAACCCCGCCUUUAUUGGCACGACCACAAUGUUGGGCGCAGAUGGUCACAUGUCGACAGACGAGCCGCCUCCAUGCGUGCUGGAGCGGUUGUGUGAGCUGCACGACGGGCUGGUGGUGGAGGCCAAGGGCAUCAAACAGCACUACUUCAAACCAUACAUCCAGAAGCUAUUCCACAGACAGAUCCUGAAAGGCAAUGAGGAGCUUUUGACCGAACUGUUGGAUCCUCAAAACUUUAUUGACAACAACAAAGCCUUAAACCGAGAGUACGAGGAGUACGUGCUGACGAUGGGAGAUUUUGACGAGCGCAUUUUUCUGGACGCCGACGCCGACGAGGAAAUUGGAACACCGAGGAAAAGUUUCCAUCCAACCUCUGCCAGCCAGAUGAGCGUCCAGAAGCAGCUUCAGCAUCACGUAGAGAAGUCUGUCUCUCUGGCGCCCUCCACCCCGCUCACGGGGCGUGUCUACCUGAAGGAGAAGGACCUGCUGGUCACGCCUGUCUCCUCGGCGACGCAAAGUGUCAGCAGGCUGCAGAGCAUGGUCGCUGGGCUAAGGACCGCCCCCAGCGAGCAGCUGAUGCAGAUUUUCAAGUCCUGCUCGAGAGACCCAACGGAGUCCAUAGUGGGUCGAGUCAAGACCCUCGGAAACACCUUCAAAGAACAAUACACCAAUGACUCGGAGGACUCGUCCGGAUCACACAUCGACUUUGCAGAGAGCCGCCUGAAGCUGGCUGAGAUCCUCUUCUACAAAGUUUUAGAGACUGUCAUGGUGCAGGAGACCAAGAGGCUACAAGGCAAAGACAUGAGUGCGUUACUCGAACAGGACAUCUUCCGUUGCUCUCUGCUGGCGUGUUGUUUGGAAGUGGUCUUGUUCUCCUACAGCUCCCAGAGGACAUUCCCGUGGAUCAUCAACAUCUUCAAACUGGCCCCCUUCUACUUCUUCAAGGUGAUCGAGGUGUUCAUCCGCUCAGAAGAAGGUCUGUCCAGAGACAUGGUGAAGCACCUGAAUCAGAUCGAGGAGCAGGUUCUGGAGAGCCGGGCCUGGACGUCAAACUCGGCUUUGUGGAGCGCCUUGGGGGCCGCCGGGAACAAAGUGCCCACCGUGGAGGAGGUAAACUUCCCCUCCAGUCUGGACUCGGGGAGUUCGGCUGUUACUGGCACUGCUCAGCCUCACCUCCCUCUGGUCGCCUUCUCUCCCAUCGUGCAUCCUCGCAUCAGAGAGGUCCGAUCCGGUCUGGGAAGCACGCGCAAAGACGGGCUGUCAUCUCCUCUGUCGGUGCUGGACUGCUACAGCUCCCCGGCCGCCGGCAGCGCAAAGCGUCGUCUGACGUUCACCUCCGGCAGCACCUUGAAAAUCGGCGCUCAGGGGACCCAGACGACGAUUCUAAGCAUCCCGCUACAAGGCGGAAGCAACGAGCACACCAUCACGCUGAUCCCAGUUCAGCCGUGCGACUCGUCUGGAGCCGUCACCGCCCAGUUUCUCCUGACCGCCUCCCCAAGUCGCCUCGCACCCCCGCCUGUUACCGUUGAACCCCAAACGGGAAGCGGUCGCCCGCAACGCACCGGCUCUCUGGCCCUCUUCUUUAGGAAGGUGUACCACUUGGCCAGCGUCCGUCUGAGGGACUUGUGUGCCAAGCUGGACAUCUCGUCUGAGCUGCGGGCCAAAGUCUGGACGGGCUUUGAGCAUUCUCUGGUCAACGCCACUGACCUGAUGCGGGACCGCCACCUGGACCAGCUGCUGUUGUGCAGCAUUUACAUCAUUUGCAAGGUCUCCAAUGAGAUUCACUACUUCCAGGACAUUAUGAAGUGUUAUCGCAGCCAACCACAGGCCAGCAGCCACGUGUACCGCAGCGUCCUCCUGCACAGCGCCCCCGUGCAGCCUCAGGCAUCGGAUGAGAACAUGGAGGUGGAUCCCGCGUCGGGCGCAGAAUGUAAGCAAUCAUCUUGGCCUCGCUCGCUGGAACAAACGCGUGACUUCCGUGGUCAUUCUUUUUCAGCUGCGGAGAAAGUCUGCCCGGCCUCUGACGGAGGAGUCCACAAGUCAGGCGAGGAGGAGCGCGGCGACCUCAUCCAGUUUUACAACAAAGUUUACUUCUUGAAGAUGAAAAGCUUCGCCAUGCGAUACGCCACCCACGAUAACAGAGUGGACGCUCCGCCUCUCUCGCCCUUCCCGUCAGUUCAAGCUCAGCCGCUUUCUCCUCGCCGCGUCUCACAGCGUCACUCCAUCUACGUGUCGCCACACAAAGGCUCCGCCGGCUGCCUGACGCCAAACUCCCUCAUGUACCGCAUCAACAGCAGCCCCUCUAAGGACCUCUCAGACAUCAACAGGAUGAUCCGGCAGGGCUGUGCUAGCCGUAAAAGGGCCUUCAACAUGGAGGGCGACCUGAUGAUGUCAUCGGCGUGUGACUCUCCCAGCAAGAGGGCGUGUCCAGAAAACAGCAGCAGUCCUGACGUGCUGCUGAAGCGGCUGCAGGACGUCGUGUCGGAGCGCCAGAGCCACUGAUGGACCACUUAUACUAACAUGAACACGACUGGCGCUUAUGUAACUAAUGCUAACAUAACAUGGUUAUGGAGCUAAUGCUAACAUCUCAGCAUGACCAAUGUUAGCUAAUGCUAACAUGACGGCUAAUUAUGGCGCUAAUGUCAACAUGACCAGUGGCUAUGGAGCUAAGGCUAACAUGUAGCUAAAAUGUCAACAUGAUUGACUGCGACAGAAAUCAUUAUCUUGUGAGUAGUCAUUAUCGGGCUAAUAUGCUAACACAAUCUGUCGGCGCAGAACUGCCAUUAUCUGUAACGUGACUGGUCGUUAGGAGGCGAACGCCUACGAGAAAACAUCUGUCGUUCUGGAAUUAUAAUGUUAAUAGAGAUUUUCACAGACUCUUAAGAAA